AUGCCAACUACGACGACAACGCAUCUGUCGCCAGAUAUCUUGCUGCGAUGUACAAUCUUCGACUCCUCGGGUUCAGCGACUAGUACAUCGGGUGUGUUUAAAAAAUCUCGUCUAUGUUCCGAUCAUGGCCUCGAACCGCGAGAUCUACGGAAAAUCGACUCUCGAGUACCAAACUUAGUACCCACGAUUUUAGCCAGGAGGGGUGGCAUUUUGGUCAAUAUACUUCAUAUCAGAGCGAUGAUUAAGAAGGAUAAAGUGCUGUUAUUUGAUAGUUAUGGUAGUACGGAUAGUCAGCUUAAUAGUGCUUUUGUUUAUAAUUUACAGCAUAAUCUUAAAUCCCUCUCUUCCGCCGCUGCGGGGGGUUCCAGAGCCGACGGGUCCGGUAAUGCAACUGGCAUUGGCUGCGGAGUUGGAGGUGGAGCAGCAGCAGCAGCAGGAACAGGAGCAGGAACAGGAGCAGGAACAGGAGCAGGAACAGGAGCAGGAGCAAGUGCCGGUGGUUUGGCGUAUGAAUUUCGAGCUUUAGAGUCGAUUCUAGUGUCGGUAUUGGAUGCGUUACGCAUUGAAUUGGGAGUCGUUCGUAACUGGACCUCAAACAUACUUCAGGAUCUCGAUGAUGAUGUUGAUCGCGAGAAACUAAGGACUCUGCUGCAAGUGUCCAGGAAGUUGAACGCUUUUCUUUCGCGAGCAAAAGCGGUGAAGAAUGCGGUGACUGAGGUCUUGGAGAAUGAAGAAGAUAUGGGAUUGAUGUAUCUCUCCCAUCCUCCUCCGCCACCCUGUUCCAACAAUUCCACCAUCACGGAAGGUGAAGCCAGCGGUCCACCCGAAAUGGACGAACUGGAACUACUGCUCGAAUCUUUCGAUAAACAAGUGGAAGAAGUCGUCUCGGAAACAACACAAUUAUCCUCCGACAUCAGCAACACCCAGGAGGUCGUGGAACUUAUUUUGGACAACAACAGAAACAAGCUCUUGGCAUUGGAUUUGAAGACUAGUAUUGCCACUAUGGGCAUCAGUGCAGGCACUUUGUGGGCAGGGUUGUUUGGUAUGAACCUAAAGUCGCACAUGGAGGAGAUGGACUAUGCUUUUGCUGGAGUUAGUGGAGUCGCCGUCAUAGCCGUAGGCAUUACGAUGGGUGUUGGAUUGAGGAGAUUGCAACGCUUGAGGAGAGUUGGCUUGGGUUCAGGCGCAGCGAGGGGAGCAAAGAGGCGUGUGGGGGAGAAGAAGAGGCGUUGGUGGGCGAGGUUGAGGGGUGAAGCUGCGAAGGAAGCGAGUGUGAGGAAGAUUGAGGAAGGCCUCAAUGCAGGACUAGGAGUUUAUCCUCCUGGAUACGGAAUGUAUUAUCCGCCUCAAUAUGGUCAGCAUCAAGGAUACCCAGCUCCUCCUUCAGCAUAUGCAACACCCUAUCCGACCUCCAACCAAGCAGCCAGUGGAGAACAAGGAGCUCCCGCACGGUGGCCAAACGCAAACACACACCCAGCAGCACAAACCCCUGCAUCCCCACCAAGCACAAGCACAAGCACCGGUGCGGGUACAACGGACGACAUUGGUGGAGCAGAACCUUCGGUCGCCAAUCCAUCAGCCUCACCUGGCAAGAAAAGCGGCUACAAACGCUUACCAUAG